GAGGAACGAAUUCAGAGCGGGGGCCAGUGUUUUUAAAACAAUAUUCUUUAUUUGAUGAAGUUCCGUGGAUAAGCUUUAGAGAUUUUUAGGAUAUUAAGAUCGACUCAAGGUAAACAAUGCCGACUGCAAGGUUUCAGAUUGGAGAUACUGUAAUGGGCCGUUGGCCUGGCAGUAACCUUUAUUAUGAGGUCAAGGUGCUGAGUUAUGACAACAAGACUCGGCUCUACACUGUCAUCUACAAAGAUGGUACUGAACUGGAGCUGAAGGAAUCUGACAUCACGAGUCUGACAAUAUUUAAGCAGGGCGUUUCACGCUCUCGGUCCAGAUCCCGCUCUCGUUCACCGGGACGCCCUCGUCGCAGUCGUUCCCGUUCUCCAGCUAGGACGUCCCGCCAAUCUUCCUCUCGCACCACAGAUGUUCGCAAGGAAAAACUCAAAGAAGCAUUGGAGGUCCGACUCACCCCUGUGCCGGUGACACACGAGAACAAUAGCAACAGCAAACAUGAGAAGAAAGAGGAAAAUAAUACAGCUAAUACAGCUUCCACAAUCACUGAGGAGAAGACAGAGACUGAAUCCGAGAACCAGGCAGGUGGGCGCUACAAUCUACGGCGCAGGAAGGACCAGGGCGAUGGCAAGACAGUAGAGUUGGAGCAAAAGACAGAGACGGAGACAUUACCGCAAACUAAACCACCCACUGCCAGUGCCAUCAAGACGACUGAUCUGGAGUUCGGAGGAAGAGUUGGUGUGUUCUUCCUGAUGUUUCUGUUGCCUGUGGCUGUGUUGGCAUUGCUCAUUCUCGGCGGGCAGAAGGAUGCCAGUCUCCAGAGCUUCCCUCUUGAGCUCCCUGCCCUUCAGUCUCUCUGGGACUGUCAGGUCUUUGGCAUCGUCCUGCUCUGGCUUCUCUUCCAGGCCGUUCUCUCCCUGCUCCCUGUCGGAAAGCUCGUUGAAGGAAUGCCUCUCAAGAAUGGGAAAACUUUGAAAUACAGGAUUAAUGGUUUCUAUGCACUUCUCCUCACGGCUGUGGCAGUAGGUGUUGCCAUGUAUCAGGAGGGGGAUCUCAGCUACAUCCAUGCUCACUUCCUGCAGUUCUACACCUCGGCCCUGCUCAUCGUCACUCUUCUCAGCAUCUACCUUUUCAUCCGCUCCCGCUGGGCGUCUGAAGAUGAGCUCGCUCCUGGAGGCAACUCUGGCUACAUUAUCUAUGACUUCUUCAUGGGCAGAGAGUUAAACCCCCGCAUCAAGAACUUCGAUAUCAAGUUCUUCUGUGAAAUGCGCCCAGGCCUGAUGGGUUGGGUAUUGAUUAACUUUGCAAUGUUGCAAGCUGAAAUGAAGCACCAGAAUCUAGAGAAUCCCUCUCCAGCGAUGCUCCUGGUCAACAUCUUCCAGCUCCUGUGGGUCGUUGAUGGCUUUUGGCAUGAGGAGAAACUUCUGACUAUGAUGGAUAUAGUGUACGAUGGCUUCGGAUUUAUGUUGACAUUUGGAGAUCUGGCUUUUGUUCCCUUCACAUUCACCUGUCAAGCCUACUAUCUAGUCAGCCAUCCCAAUGAACUCUCUGCAUUCUGGAUCAUUACUCUCAUCACUAUGAAUGGAGUUGGAUACUAUAUUUUCCGGAAAGCCAAUUCUCAGAAGUUUGCCUUCAGGAAGAACCCUUCUGACCCAGCAGUGUCUCACCUGAAAACCAUCCCUACUGCAACUGGAGAGAGUCUUAUUGUGUCUGGUCUCUGGGGGUGGGUCCGUCAUCCUAAUUACUUGGGUGACAUCAUCAUGGGGUUGGCCUGGUCUCUGCCGUGCGGAUUCAACCAUUUGAUCCCGUACUUUUACCUGAUUUACUUGAUCACUCUGCUGGUGCACCGUAACGCACGGGACGAGCACCAGUGCAGGAAAAAGUACGGCUCUGCGUGGGACGAGUACUGCAAAGCUGUCCCGUACCGCAUUUUCCCAGGAAUAUACUGAGGACUCACAGACUCGAUCUGUUACGGACACUCGGGGCAAAUAAAACUUUCCUCAGGAUGACAUUGAAUGAAUUGUUAGCAGCUUGGCGUCUUUUUUUAAAUCUUUGACUUUUUUGUAAUUGAGCAUCAAAUUAAAAACCAAAUUUUCUGCAUUGUCACAAAACGUUUACGGAUUGUGGACACUGCCCCAUUUUCGAUCUCUUAAAGUUGUAUAUUGUUGUACAGAUGUUUUUUUUUUUUUUUUACUCACAAGAUUGUUUUGCAUAAUCCGUAACUUUAAAUCUCAUUUUAUGUACACAUAUACACAUUUAAAGUAUCUGCUUGGCUAUUUACCGUUGGCUUUUGUAAUGACAGUUUGUGUAAUGCUUUUGUAUAUUGUG